UUUUUAUUAUUUUUCUUGUUCAAAACGCAAUGAGCUCCAAAGCAAGCACGGGCCUCGUUGGCCUCGCAGUCAACCCAAGCGCACGUCUGUCGCUGGUCAACCUGUACCGACAGACGUUGCAAGUCCUCGGUGGCUUCCCUCAGUCUGCCGUCUACCGUCAACACGCUGAAAAGCUCACCAACCACCGAUUGUCCAUCUUGGACCAGGAGCCUUCAGACGAUGCUGCCGAGCGUCGCAUCAACAGCGGUCAGAUGGAGGAGCUUGUCAGGCAAGCCGAAGACGAGCUUGCACUUGCCAAGAAGAUGGGCGAGUGGAAGGCCUGGGAGAAGCUGUCCGUCCAACCCAACUCUGAGCAGUGGAAGUGGCCAUAAACGCACUGCAUGCUCAGCCCGCCGCGUCUUCCUCCGUCACUCUCAACAAUCUACCACAAGAAACCCCCCCUCCUCUCCGACCAAUCAACAGCGCGAGCAAUUCUUGACAGCCUCAGGCGACCAUUGCAUUUGUUUUUGUCUUUUUUGUUCUGGUUGAGCUGUUACUGUUGUCUUUGUUGUUGAACUUUCAUUGAAAAUACAUCUUCCUGUGUCCUCAGUACCUUUCCC